UCGAAGGCGGCAGCCUGGCUAAAUCCUUCUCCUACACUUACCCAAGUCUAUCAUAAGUUGGAUUUUUUUUUUAAAUCUUCUUUUUAUUUUUAAAGCACGCUAACGAAUCGGUGCGGAUUACCACUCUUUAAGGGAAUAAUUUUUAUUUCUUAUGAGAGCGGCUGCCUGCAGCUCGUGUCCUCAUGCCCUGCCUUGUGAUCGCUGCUUGGCCUGCUGAGCCCGUAGGUGCUGCUGCGUGUGUGUCAGGGUGCAGCUGAAGCAGGGCUACAGCCACAGGUGGAGGUAGCGUCGCCGUCGCCAUCGCCGUCAUCGGAGGAGGAGGCGGGUCGUCGCGGGGCCCGGAGCCCGUUCUGUCCCAGCCACACAAACAUGAACAAACUGAACUUCCACAACAACAAAACCAUGCAGGACCGCCGCUGUGUCUGUGUCUUUCUGCCCAACGACGACACACUCAACGUCAUCGUCAAUGUGAAGACUUUGUGCCAGGAGCUCCUGGUCCAGGUGUGUGACCUCCUCAGACUGAAGGACUGUCACCUGUUUGGACUCAGUGUCAUUCAGAACAAUGAGCAUAUUUAUAUGGAGCUGGGCCAGAAGCUUUCCAAGUACUGCCCCAAAGAGUGGAAGAAAGAGGCGAGCAAGGGAAUUGACCAGUUUGGGCCUCCAAUGAUCAUACACUUCAGGGCUCAGUAUUAUGUUGAGAAUGGGAGAUUGAUAAGUGACCGGGCGGCCAGGUAUUACUACUACUGGCACUUACGGAAACAGGUGCUGCUCUCCCAGUGCAUCCAAAGAGAGGAGGCCUACUUUCUCCUGGCCGCCUUCGCCCUCCAGGCCGACCUUGGCAACUUCAAGCGUAACAAGCACUUUGGGAAGUACUUUGAACCCGAGGCCUACUUCCCCCCGUGGGUGAUUGCCAAGCGUGGCCGCGAGUACAUCCUGAGGCACAUCCCCAACAUGCACAAAGACCAGUUUGCCCUCACCGCCUCCGAGGCCCAUCUGAAAUACAUCAAGGAGUGCGCCCAGCUCGAUGACGUCACUGUGCACUACUACAGACUCUACAAGGACAAGAGGGAAGUAGAGGCAUCACUUACAUUGGGACUGACUUUACGUGGUAUCCAGAUAUUUCAGAAUGUCGGGUCGGUACGGCAACUGUUGUACGACUUCCCCUGGACCAACGUGGGCAAACUGGUGUUUGUGGGGAAGAAGUUUGAAAUCCUUCCCGACGGGCUCCCCUCGGCUCGUAAGCUGAUCUACUACACAGGUUGUCCCAUGCGCUCCCGCCACCUCCUGCAGCUGCUCAGCAACAGCCACCGCCUCUACAUGAACCUGCAGCCGGUCCUGAAGCAGGUCCGUCGGCUGGAGGAGAACGAAGAGAAGAAGCAGUACCGGGAGUCGUACAUCAGCGACGCUCUGGAACUGGACAUGGAGCAGCUGGACAAGCGUUCCCGGGCCAGCGGCAGCAGCGCCGGGAGCGUGUCUCAUCACAAACGCCUGUCCCGCCACUCCACGACCAGCCACGGCAGCUCUCACACGUCCGGCAUCGAGACGGACAGCUUCAGGGCGCCGGGACAGGCCCCCCACAGGCCGCUGCGCACCUGCAGCUCCUCCACCACCAGCCACGGGAGCUCGCACACCUCCGGCAUCGAGAGCAGCGGCAAGGAGCGCAUCCUGGAUGACGACGAGAUUGAGAUGCUGGUGGACGAUCCCAAGGACUAUGAGGAGCUUCACGAGAUGGCCCUGGAGCUCAACCAGGACCUGUGCAUCCACAUCACUGAGGACAUGCUGACGAUGUCACCUGACCAGACCAACGGGUACUCAGGACUUAUCGUGAAAGACGUCAGCUCCUCCACCUCCAGCUCCUCGGAGACCGUGGUGAAGAUGAGAGGCCAGAGCAUCGAGUCUCUUCCACAGACCUCUGUGUGCAGGAAACCCCAGUCGUCGACGGACCGCCACAGCCAGUCGCUCGACGACAUCCGGCUCUACCAGAAGGGCUGCCUGCAGUGGGCGGAGCUCUGCCAGGACACCGCCCACAGCUACACGUUCGGCUGCGCCCAGGAGCUCAGCGACGGCUGCGGCUACCAGGGCCUGGCCGAGCAGCGCGCCGGCAUGCGCGGCGACCAGCACCCCUUCCCCAUCAAGAGAGCCAACAAGUAUUUCUCCCUGGACCUGACCAGCGACGAGGUGCCGGAGUUCGUCGUGUGAAGGAGGGCGAGUUUUUGGAAAAACGGGCGACCUCAGGGUGACCUUCUGCUCCUCCCCGUCGGACCCGGAGACGCCUCGGCCGUCAGGGAGCCGGACUGGGGAGGGGAGCGCUGGAGAGACGAUGCACGGCGGCUUCCCACACGCGAGUAAAACUGGCCUUAAGUUGUCUGAGCUCGGCCCUCCCGUCACUUACCACUCGAAACGUAUCACACUUUGACAAAGACACCGAGAGCCGGAAGCAGGAAAUCUGGCUGAAUCUGGGAAUUUCAACAGUGAACACUGGGUUCGAGAGGGAACCCGCGUCUUUAAAAGUGACCCAUGCUGCUCCCCUGUGACACUCUGCUUGGGAACGGAGUGUGAGAGGAAAUGGAAGGGAUCGUCUCAUCCUCACAAAGAAAUGGAAGAACUAAGAAAAACUUUUUAUUCAGACAAACUUUCCCUGCAUUUAAAAAGCACGUCCUCCCCAAAAGAAGUGUGUGUGUGCUUGAUUUGACUAAUACCCACGAUACACACACACACGAAAAAUGAAAAAGGCAUAUCAGAGCUUUUCUGUGCAGGAUGUCCAUCUCCUUUUGCAAAGGACAAAAUAAUUACGAGCUACGAACCAAAGACAAGCUAACGCUGAGAUGACCGCCGCGUCCGCCCUGUCCCGCAAACACAGCCGAUAAAAUGACCGAACACGACGUUGAUCGCGACGUUGUGAGGUCACUCAGCGUCGCCGAGCGGGAGGAUGAACGUUUCGUCGGCCCCGUGAGAACAGGCGGUUUUUUCGCUCUCCUUCAAAGCCGCUCUUCUUCAGGACGUGCAGCGUGCCAACUCGCCCCUCACACCCCACCCGGACUCCCAGUUAUAAUGCACACUCAUGAUGUGAACACACACACACACACACACACACACACAAACACACACCCAGCGUGCCUUUCAGCAUCACACUAUGCAGUUUGUCAAACCUUUGCCUUGACAAUCACACGGCCUCACCGUCGUCACGGGGAUGAUUUUCCUUAAAGAUCCAAGCCAUUUCAACUCCAAGCUGUCCUCCGAGUCGCUGCUCGGUUUGUGCAAGAAACUCAUCGGAGGGAUCUCUGCCCUGAACGUGAGAUUAGUUAUUCAGCAAAACAGAAAAAAAAAAAAAAAAGGACUCCAUCGUGGUUUUGGAUUGUGUUUCAUGCCCGACUCGGUGGCGUUUCCUGAGAGGAAUGAGGCUCAGUGAGUUCCUACAUGCCCUCACUUGUGUUGAGCCUCCCUGUCAUCGAGACACAAAAUGGAGCCCCGUUGGCCACGGGCCGAGACAAAACUGACGUUUGAUUUUGUUCCACACACACACACACACACACACUCAUAUACACAUAUAUUCCUUUACACUCAGUUGUCUUUAUUAUUGUUACUUCACCGCUGUCUUCUGUUUUGUUUCGUCUAUUAUUUUAAACUGGAAUUUGUUAACAUUUUUAUUCCCCCGGCGUCAUUGAAAUAUGUGUUUGUAUUUUUGUAAUGGAUUGCUCAUGACUUGUACAUGUUUGAAAAGUUAUCCUGUGUGCAGUUGAUGUCAUUCAGUAUUAAUAAGCAAUGCGUAUGACAGUAUUAUGGACGUGUGAUGUCAGAUGCACACCGUUUCUUAUCGUUGCCGUUGGUGCUGAACAAGAAACACCGGUUUCAUCUCUCGGGAAGAUGCAGCACAAGACCGUCUCGACGAAACACAGCUUACAUCGCUUUAAAAGAAAAAAAAAAAAAAAAUCAGAACUCACACACGACUCAUCGCAGCUUCAAGAUCUUGCUAUUUUUCUCUGAUUCUUUUUUAUUAUAAUUAUUAUUAUUCAAAGGCUUCAGUUAUUCUUUCUGUGGCGAGAACACUAAGCGACGUAAAGAAGACUUUUUAAAAAGACAAACCACUCUUGUGCUUUUUGUUGGUGUGAGCUGGAGGAUUUUUAAGACUCUGAUGUUACGGACAGGUCCUCACGUGCGGUUCAAGCGGAAAGGCAUUAUGGGACGUCAGCCCGUCGAUGUCCCGGUAAGGUUCGGAGGAGUUUAUCGUGACUAUACACUCGAAAGAGGUGUGUGUGAGUGUGUGCGUGUUGGUGAGAGAAGCCUCUCAUUCUGUCUUCAGGCUUUCCUCACAGCCGCAGCCGCAUCAUUGCAAUCAUUUUAGACGACUGAUUCUCCGCUCAGUGUCAGGUGAACCGGUUUUUGAGCGUCUUAUCGAUAUCGCCUUGUCAAAAAAAAAAAAAAAACACUAAAUAUGUUUAUGAAUUUGAUACUGUCAUGUAAUUAAAGGCAAAAGCUAUAUAUUUCUUACAGGUUGUCUAUUCCGCUGUCUUCAACUUAUAAUCAUUUCUAUUCAUAAUGGAUAUUUUCUUAAACACUAAUUUUGAUGGACGAUGAUGUUUCUUCUAUAUCAAAUCAGUUAUGUGUCAAGGUACAUAGCCAUACACCACAGCCCACAUCCUUACUCUGCAGAGUUUCCUCUAACUUUUUUUUUUUUUUUUUUUUUUUUUUUGACUAAAAUACACGCUCAUACUUACACGAUGUAAGAGUCUGUAUGUCUGCACUAUGUGUCCAUAAUCCUUUCUGUGAAAGGAUCUCCCGUCAGGAAAAAAAAAUGAAUUGUUUGUUUUUUUUGUCACCAUAUAGUGAGAAAUGAUUUGUUAUGAUGAAGUCUGGUCCGUGCCUUCUUGGUACUAAUGCCCUCAAUAUUCAAUAAAAAGGUACAUUUAUUUGCUUAA